AUGGCGUCAAAGAUUCUGUUACUUGUUUGGGCGUUACUUUUGCCUACCAGCAUAGUUAGUUGGAAGUAUUGCUACAGUUCUACUGGUCAGGGUAAUGUAAUUGCUUAAGACACACAAAACUUCUGCCCUUUCUCGAGAUUCCUGCAGGAUACAGUGUCUGGGUGUCAACCGGGAUAGUCUGGAGUGUCAAGUCUUCUGCAGCGGGAAUUCAUUUUAUUAGGCGGACAUUAAUCCCGAUGCGUGAUAUGACGCUCUCAAGGAAUAUUUGUCACCUACAUGAUAUCAUAGAUUCCGUUAUCUCCUUUUGCUCUCUGCACCCAUUUACACCACGUCAAGAUCACCUGCAAUGUCGGCUCGCACUUUUUGAAAAAAUUGUUUUUAGAAACGUUUUUGCGAGGGUUCUGGUACUGGUGACAAUGGGCGUCUAUUCUCUAGAUCUUUGCCUUCUAUGUUAUUGCCAAUUUCAAUUUAAAUAUAUGCACAACACUAAAAAAGUUCAAAUUUUAGCCAAUGGACAACUUGUAAUGGAGAGGUGUGACCAUAACGUCACGAAGUGUACCAAUGCAUACAAGGUGUUCGCGAAGCUGGAAAGGUAUCGUAAAAAUUGACUUUACACAAUACUUGCAGCGGCUGCGACAAGUAUGGCCUUUGCGAUAAAGAACGCCUCAAAAAGAAACGUGGCUUCCUCUGCUGCAGCAAAUCUUUCUGCAAUGAUGGUAACAUGAUUGAUGACACUGCUACUACCACUACUACCACUACCACCACUACUACCACUACCACCACUACUACCACUACCACCACUACUACCACCUCUCCAACAACAAACUCCACUCUCUCCACUGAUGUCUCUGUUGAGGAUACUACUACUCCCAUUACUCCAGCAAUUGCUUCCACUACUUCAGAUUCGGCUUCCUCAAUUCAACUUGGUCUGCUCACAAUGAUCGUUGCAGCUUCCAGGACUUUCUUGUUGUAA